UUGUGCACAGUAAGGGCUAUCUUUGUGCCAACCUGGCUCAGGCAGGAAGGGCGACAUGGCUCAGGCAGUAAGCGCAGUUGUCUGGCAGUCGGAGGGUUGUCGGUUCGAUCCCCCGCCCAGGCUGUGUUGAAAUGUCCCUGAGCAAGACACCUAAUCCCCAAAUGCUCCUGAUGAGCUGGUUGGCACCUUGCAUGGCAGCCAAUUGCCGUCAGUGUGUGAGUGUGUGUAUGAAUGGGUGAAUGAGAAGCAUCAAUUGUACAGUGCUUUGGAUAAAGGCGCUAUAAAUGUCAACCAUUUACCAACUUUCCAAAACAUUUGCUGGUAUGGAGGUACCAUUUUAUAUAAUGUUUUAGACUUGGUGACCCCUUGUGCUUGGUGACAACCAAUCUCUGCAGUUCUUAAACUGCAAUCCUUGGGUUACUCAUGGCCUCCCUCACCAUCUUCCUCCCCGUCCGUGGGGAUAAUAUGCACUUGCAUCCUCUCCCUGGCUAGUUUGCAACCAUUCCAUAUGUUUUAUGCUUUUUUAUUAUUGCCCUUACAGUGGGAUGUUUAAUCGUUUAUGUAUUUUUUUGUACCCAGUACCUGACCUAUGAAAUCUUCAGCCAAACAUACUAGAAAGUGAGUUGUGAAGUAUUCUGGAAUGCUAAAAGGAUUUUUUGGCAGAUAUCCUUUUCAGCCACAUUUUCACAAUUCAUAUUUUACACAUAGGCCUAAUUGUAAUUUACAGAUAUUUAUUGAAGCAGUUUAAAGUUUAAGUGCUCUGUUCAAGCACAAGCAUACAGCAUUGUGAAUCGUAGUCCCUGGGAUUAGAACCGGCAACAUCCCUUGUUAACAUGUUUUAUUUAAUUUGCCUCUUUUAAUGUAUAUGCAUAAACUAUAUUCACCAUACUUCUGUUUCUUCCAGUGCUGUAGCUCUAAGUACAAAAUGGCUGAGUCAUUUAUUGAAAGGAAAUCCUCCACAGAAUGUGGGGAAAUUGUAACUAAUCUAAGCUUGUGGCUUUGUUUGUCACGACAAUGACAAAGGGCCAUUAGCAUUGAGGUAAUUGAAACGGGUGAGAUAUUGAGGUUCAAAAUGUCCAUUGACUGGAAGUGCUAACUAACAUAUAGUGAGUGUCGUAUGUUUAUGUUUUACUACACAAACGGUAAAAACAACCCUUAAUAUUAAUGUCACAUUACUUAGGUUUUCAGUUUGUUCUCAAUUACGUCGUACUGCAGCUUGGAAAUAGGUAUCCUCAGUGAAACAGCAAAAUAUACAUAUACGUGAUUCUCGAGUCUCCCUGUCCUACGUUAAAAAGGGACAUUAAAGGGAGAGCUUUUUGACGCAAAUCGCGCCAUCCGGCUGAAAAGGGUAAAUAACUCAUUAACAGGCAGCGUUUGGACCUUGAGAUUCAUCAUCAAUUUUUGUUUUCUCAUUUUGGACGACAGUCAUUGAGCAAGGUAUUACAGCAAAAUGUCUAAUGGACAAAGUAAGUAUAACUGGAUUUUAGUUAUUUAAUUGUUAUUCAGUUGGAAAUAGUGUCAGGGGCCGCAUCGUGUAACUCUAAAAAGGGUACUGUGACAUCAUGAUUUGGGUGUGGCCAGCGUGGACAGCAGAAAGCAGUUUUUUUAUGCCAAAUUUAUGCCUGAUGUAAUUUUAUGGCAUGGACGAAAAUGUUUCAAUGUUUCAUACAAGUCGGCAUACAAACAUGUUUACUAAAGAAAUGUGAUCCAGAGUGUAAUUACCAUCCACCUGUAGCCACUGUUAGCAAGCAACCAUGUGAUGCAAAGCCUGCAGAGCUAGGCUCAAGAAGCAGCAUCUGGUCAUAUGAUGCCUUAAUGGAAGGGGCUCUUUAAACCACCAACCUUACGUGUUCUAGCCAUUGCUCAUUCUGCAUGCUGCUCUGUAGCCACGCUGUUGCUGCCAGCUGGCUGUGCUAUUGCUGCAUUGCCCCGCUCUGGAAAUCAUGCAGAGCUGCCCUGCUGCCUGGCUUAUUCCGCAUGCUGCUGCAUUGCUAAUUUUUGCAUGCUGUCACUCGUAUUCUGCUAGCUGUGCUGCUGCAUUUGCUUGAAUUAUUCGGCUUUUUCCUGAAGUCAUGCCUUUCAGAAGGUUUUUGUGCUCCCACCACCACCAUCCAUGUGUGGGCUCUGCUUCUCCCCAUGGGCUGGGGGAGUUAUUUCAACCGGCUUACACAACAGGUAGUGAUGAGAGGCAGAGCCUUCAUGCCAAAGUUUGCAUUUACAUUAAACAUCAAUAAAUAUUGCCUUAUUCAUCCCAUGUGGUCUGACUGAGAUAUAAUAUUCUUGCACUGGAUGCACAGGGAAAGAAUUGGUAUAAACCUUAUGACUUUUGGUAACAUAGCUAAAAAUCCUCUGUAUCUUUAAACAAGGACUAAUUCCAGGGGAUCUUAGUGCAGGGAGUAUUACUAGAGUAUUACUGUACCCUCUUGUAUCAGAUGCAAUGCUAAUUUUUAAAACCUUGUAGGCUCAUUAAGCCUUUUAAUAGCAAUAAUGAUUUUCCCUUGAACUUGAGAAUGUGCGAGAGCUCCACUUUAUGGGCACAAUUUCUGUGAAGCACAUCAAAGCCACACUGCAGCUGGCAAAAACAGGCCCGUGCAUGACUGAGCUCCUCAAUUAGCUGCGGAAAUUAAACUAAUUACCGCAGAGAACAAUGUUAAACACCUAGUGUGCUCUUCAGUACGCCUUACAAAAGUAGAGCAAAACAUACACUACAUCUCAUGGUACCACCACUUAUGUCACCAUUAAAGACCUACUACUGUGUACCUCAAAGACCUUUUGAUGCUGUCAACAAGCGCAAUGACAAUACACAGCACUACAAAAUUACUGCCAAGAGGCAACAUCAAAGACAAACAUUUGAAGCAAACCAAAACACAGCACUAUCAUGACUAAAUUUCUCAUUGAAACAUCUCUGGUGUGGAAUUCCAAUCAGUGACAAAAUAUCUUACCUCAUGAGCUACAAAAUGAUUAUAUAAAAGUAAUAAAAUAUCUGAAGCUAACAGCACGUUAAAAAAAAACUAUCAUAGCACAUUGAUCAAAAUAGGUAUUGGAAAUACAUGUAUAUAUGCUAAGAUGCAAAGUGGAAGAGCAGCUACAGUAAGGUGAUUCCUAGAGUUUUAUAAAAACUGAGCUGUGGAGAGCGGGGCGUCCUCUAUGAAUCUUGAGUUCCCAUACUAGGUUUCAGAUAGCAGACUCCAGGAGCACCCCCUCCCCCCAACAUUUAGCCUCUCUAUUCCACUCCCUCCCCCCAUGUCACUCAUUGUAAUGACAGUCCACCUCUGGAAUUUCACAAGAGAGGAGACGCUCCAUCUGUGAUCCAGCUUAUAGCUGAGAGAGAGAGGGGGGUGGAGAGAGAGAGAGAGAGAGAGAGAGAGAAGGGGGGGUGAGAAAGCAAGAGAGAGAGAGAGAGAAACAAACAAAGAAAGAAGUGUGGGCAAAGAAGUGUACUUUGAUCUGAGCACUGGUAAGAACUGCUCUGCAGGCUGUGUGGGCUGUGAGAUUGAGGGAGACGCAAAUAAACAGAUUUCUGUCAUUUUUUUUAUCAGUAGACUAGUGGAGAACCCCUGUGGAGUAGUGGGACUUUGUAAAGAAGAGCCAUGCUGCCAAUCAGCUGGAUCAGUGCACUCUCUGUCCUGCUGUGCAUGUCUUUUGAUAGUGCAGACCUCUACAGACACUACAGACACGUGUCUGCUGGAAACCAGGCAGGUUUGUGUCGCUAUGGCAAGACACUUGAGUGUUGCUAUGGCUGGAAGAAGAACAGCAAAGGACACUGUGAGGCUCAGUGUGAACAAGGCUGCAAGCAUGGAGAGUGUGUGGGGCACAACAAAUGCAAAUGCUUCCCAGGAUACACUGGAAAAGCAUGCAAUCAAGAUCUGAAUGAGUGCGGACUGAAGCCACGUCCAUGUCAACACCGCUGCAUGAACACACACGGCAGCUACAAAUGCUACUGCCUUAAUGGAUACGCCCUGACACCAGAUGGAUCCUGCACCAAUUCCAGGACGUGUGCCCAAGCGCACUGUCAGUAUGGAUGUGAGGAGGUCCAGGGGGAGAUCCGUUGCAUCUGCCCCUCUGCGGGGCUUCAGCUGGGGCCGGACGGGCGCACCUGCAUAGAUCUUGAUGAAUGCGCAUCUGGAAAGAAUCUUUGCCCCUACAACAGAAGAUGUGUCAACACCUUUGGGAGCUACUUCUGCAAAUGUCGGGCUGGAUAUGAUCUUAAGUAUGUUAAUGGAAGAUAUGACUGUGAAGUUGUUGUACUUGCAGACGUUAAUGAAUGCGUGACGGGGAUCCACAAGUGCAGUCACAACGCGGACUGCCUCAACACACACGGAUCCUACAAGUGCAAAUGCAGGCCUGGAUUCAGAGGAAGCGGAUUCGAGUGCUCCGUCAAGCCAUUUUAUCAAAGCUCACAGGAUGGAGACAAAGGAGGCACGGAUGAGAUCCGCAAUGCCAUUCCCAACCCCGCUCUGAAGUCUCCUCGAAUUCUGGGAGGCAGUAAACAGGACAGAGAGCUGAUCAAGAAUCUGAUCCUCGAGCCAGUGGCCACGCCAUCAACGAGGAUGCAGCCAUUUGACUAUGAAGGAGAGGUGUAUGUUGGGGACCCUUUAGUUGAGGAGAAUCAAGAAGGCUUGUCUGAGGAAGAGGAGGAGGAAGAUGACAGUCAGGAGAACCAGAUUGCCAAGGAGAAGCAGAAUCGAAGAGGAGAUGUUUUUGUCAUCCGAGAAGAGUUCCAGUCAGUGCUUGGUCCAGGGACAGAGGUAAAGGAGAUUCCUGUCCAAGAUGAGUUUAUCAUGGACUGCAGCUUUGACCAGGGAGUUUGUGAAUGGGUGCAGGACAGGGAAGACGACUUUGACUGGAGUGCAGCCUACCACAAUAACGGCAAAGAGUACUACGUGGCUGUGAGCGGUCUUCGGGGAAAGAGGAAGGACCUGGCCAGGCUCAACCUGCUCCUCAGUGACCGCACCCAGAAGGGAGGCUUCUGUCUCACCUUCAACUACCGUCUGGAGGGGCGGCAAGUAGGCCUGCUGCGGGUCCUGCUGGAUAACACCGGCUACCCGGUGUGGGAGCAGAGCCGCAGCCAAAACCAGGACUGGCAGACAGAGCUUCUCACUGUGGCCUGGGAACAAGAGCCGCCCAAACUGAUCAUUUUUGAGGCUGAACGAGGUAAGGGACCUGGUGGAGAAAUUGGGCUGGACAAUGUUGUCCUAACCUCCGGGCCCUGUCAAGAUGACAAAUCUGUCAUCUUUUAGGCAGCUGCAAACUUCAUUGGAAUACAAAAUGGAGGUCUUAUACUUCUGAUACACAUGUUCAGCUGCCCAUCGCCUCUAGCUUCACAGAAAGAUUUGACAGUCUGAGGGAAGGAAAAUGUUUACAGACUUCAUUAGCUAACUUACAAAAUCCACAAUGUACUGUAUCUGAACUGUUGUCAUUUUGGUAAUGCCUAGCAUUAGUCAAAAUGAAAAUAUUAUAAGCUAGAUCUGUACUUUUCACUCAGUGUUAAGUGCCAUUUAGUCAUUUUUACAGGAUGCUUAAUUGUAUCUGCAUUUUUAGAGAUUUACAACUGUACUUUGGCAAGUUUUAAUUAUGACGAGGAGCCUUAAAUUCAAAGAGCCUUAAACAAAUAAAGGCAUCUAAGGUUUUCAUUUACUCUUUUCUAUCGGUAGUGUGGUACACACACAGUAAAAUAUUUAGUGUUAGAUCAAGUCUUAGGGCUGUUAGAGUUAAAUUAACACUGAACAUUUUGCAGUGUAAAAUCUAAAAUACGACAUUAUAAAUGUGUACCACAGUGACUGGCUAUAGAACACUUGCAAAAGAUAUAUAACUUAUCAGUUUCAGUUGCAUCCUGAAGUUUUCCUUUGACAGUAUUACUCAUUGUCAAUAUUGAUAUAGUAACAUUGUAACUAUGUAUACAUGUUGUAAUUUAUGCUUUCAUAUUGUAUUAAAAUAAGGUUUGUUUUAA